AAGCCGGCCACAAACAAACAAACUGACAAAAAGGAUAGAAUGAUGUAUCUCUACAUUCACGGGGCUAAAAUUGCAAGUCUGACUAAUAAGUGUUUUUUGAGUGAGAAAAGAAAGAAGAGAGAAGAAGAAGAUAAGAUCGAUGGAGCAGAAGCUUUCUUCAGUAGCGAAAAUGCUAACAUGUUCACCAAUACAGCAACUUUCUUAUCUUGCCCAAACAUGUAAUGCCAUCAACCUUGCCGAAGGUUUCCCUGAUUUCCCUGCACCUUCCUACCUCAAAGACGCUGCCAUCUCCGCAAUCCGCUCUGACUUCAAUCAGUACAGGCAUGUUCAACAAAUAUGUGAUUACGUCGCUUAUCAACUCAAACAAAUGCAUGGCCUACACGUUGAUCCUCUCACUGAUGUUGUCAUAUGUUGUGGUCAAUCUGAGGCUUUUGCUGCCGCAAUGUUUGCAGUAAUAAAUCAGGGUGAUGAAGUCAUCUUAUUCGAUCCAUCCUACGAAACAUACGAAACAUGCAUUAGGCUGGCUGGCGGGGUCCCAGUGUAUGUAGCACUUGAUCCCCCUCAUUGGAGUCUGGAUCCAAAGAAACUAGCAAAGUCAUUUACUGGCAGGACAAAAGCUAUUGUCCUCAACAGCCCUCACAAUCCAACUGGAAAGGUUUUCACUAGGGAUGAGCUUGAGAUUAUUGCUGAAACUUGCUGCACCUGGGAUAUUCUAGCUGUAACAGACGAGGUAUAUGAACAUAUAACCUUUGACGAGGAGAGGCACAUAUCAAUUGCCACAUUUCCAGGAAUGCAGAAGCGGACCAUCAUCACAUCUUCCUUGUCAAAAAGUUUUAGUGUGACUGGUUGGAGGAUUGGCUGGGCAAUUGGCCCAGCUUGCUUCGCAUCUGCAAUCAGGAACAUCCAUGUUAAAAUUACAGACUCUGCUCCUGCACCUUUCCAGGAAGCUGCCUUGACCGCUUUGAGAAGUUCGCCCGAGUACUUUGAUGCAUUGAGACAAGACUAUAAAUCAAAAAGAGAUUACUUGGCUCAGGUGCUUACAAAAAUUGGUUUCCAGGUCUCCGUCAUGCCUAAGGGUUCCUUUUUCCUAUUCAUGGAGCUUCCCCCGACAUGCACACUUUCUGAUGUUGACUUUGUUGAGGCAUUGAUUAAACAAGCUGGGGUGGUUGCUGUACCGGGCUGUGUAUUUUUCCACCCGGACCCCGAUUCGUCAACAAAAGAAGAGGACCUUUCUCCGACUGCUAUUAGCUGCCACACCAGGUAUAUCAGGUUUGCGUUCUGCAAGAGUGAGGAAACAUUAGCUGCUGCUUCACAAAAGCUAACCGAGCUCAUGGAUGGCUCUAGAGGACUGGAGCUAUUUUAAAUUGGAUUUGCCUUGAUUAGCCUCGUUUCCAGUCCACGUCCAUGAGAAGUGGAAGCUUAGCUUCAAGUUGGUUGGAAGCAACAAGAAAUAUAAACAGCUGCAAUAGAAGAUUGAUGCCGUUUGUUCUUUGCCCCCAGUCCCACCCCUAUAUUGCUAUUAAAGCGAGAAUGCAACGUUGAUAAAGAAAUUACAAGGAUAAUCAUUCAUUUUCUCGACUUGUAGCUUAUAUACCAAAUGAAGGAAGUUAUAUAACAACUCGAAAAAGUAACUUGAGAAAAGUUGAAUAUUUAUAUGUCAAAUGUGGAAGAAAGCUCAAAUCUUUUGCAA